CUAAUCCUUCUUACCACCUCCUUUCUCAUCCAUGGUGGCACUCUCCUUCGCCUCCCUGCCUUACUAACUAGAAGUAUCGUCAAGGCUUGUGCUGCAUUGGCAAGGGAGUGCAAAAGAGCCCUAAAUUAGCUUGGAAUUAUUCCCUUUUAAAAUAUUUUAGGCCAGUGAUGGACAGGGGUGCAUUGGGGUGCUGCAGGAGUUCACUACAGUGUUAUAAAAAUUAACAUUAUCAUGGGCACACUUCCAUCUUUGGAGGUCUCCAUGACUGAGAUCAUCAACAGAUGGCCAAUAUUAUAGCUUUCAUUUUCAAAACAGGGUGAGAAAAAGCAAUCCAAAUGCUAGUAUACAUGUUCUAAAAUUCUGAAUGAAGAGCCAUGCUGAAUUGGACCAAAGUCGUUAUGCAGAUCACUACUGGUGCUAUGUAUCAAAGGCAGAGCCACUGACAAUACUUGAACCGCACCUUGUAAUUGCCAAUGUAGCUUCACCCUGUUACAACAGUUGUGACUGCAAGCUCUGUACAUAUGGUCUAUCGAAACAAGUUAUCUACUGUUUAUAUUUCAGAAAUCCUGUUUCAUGAACAUCUGCAUUGAGCAGAUGAAGUAUUUUACAGCAUGGAAAUAUCAUGAAAGGGACAAUUCUUCAUUUCACAGACUAGAAUUUUAAGAGCGAACAUGCUCAGUUUGUUGAUUGACAUAUUAAUGAUCUACUAUGUACGUUUAGAGUUUCCUCCUUUAAAUUUUUGAGGAAAUGUUAUAUUUUCUGUGGCUUCAAGAAGCAGACAAGCAUACCUUUUCCAGCCCCAGGCAUAUUCAUCUGGAGAGAAUGUGGAAAGGGGGAAGUGUUUUAUUGUAAUUUCUAAAUUCAAGCGGGGGUGGCAUUCUGAGUAAUUUAAUACGUGUUCAUCCUCCUCAACUGGUCUGAAGACUCUAAGGAUGAUUGUCAGCUUUGGCCUCCAAGAUAAAGCACUACCUACUGCAGCUGCACAGUGAGCAUCAGAGUUAUAUGGGUUCUUUAGCAGACAUGCUUCAGGCACAAGGAUCACCCUUCUACUUGCUCUCUGUAUGUAUUAUGCAAAUAAGGAAUCACCGGCAAGCAAAUGUGUUAAGCCGAAAAGAUUGUUACGUAACUUUGAGGUUACCAACAGCUUCUUUUCAUGAUGCUCGGACAAAAACCAUCUCGAAUUGCAGAAAUCCAGUCUGGAAUGAAACCUUCUUCUUUAGGAUCCAGAGUAUGACCAAGAAUGUACUUGAACUGAAAGUCUGUGAUGAUGAUUGUCCUUUCAAGGAUGACCAAUUUCGCAACGUUCUUUUUGAUCUAGCACAUCUCCUGCCUGGAGAAGCAGUUUACAAGCAUUUUGAACUGAACGAACAGAAAGAUGAGCUGCUAGAUGUGAAGUUCACUUUGGAACAACUGCCAGAUAUUCCUGAAAACCUUGCUACAAAUGGAGUGCUCGUGUCUCGGGAACUUUCUUGCCUAAAAGUAGAAGUGGAUGGAAAAGAAAAGAAGAAAAAGGGCAGAAGGCAAUCCUUUACGUUUACUGUAAAAGGAUCCUAUGAAGAUACUUGCAGCAUUUUUCUGAACUCAGACACCGGAGAUGCUCCACAAAAUCCCACCCUGUUCCACUACGCGAAGUACUGUUGCCCCGAGAUGGACGUGGCCUUACCAAGGAAAAGUUCCUUCUGUGUGAGUAACUGUUGUUCCUCCAAUAAAGGGGAAAGGAAAUUCUUUACUCUGCCUUUGCAUCAGCUUCCUAUGGGGGAGAAAGUAAACAUAGCAAGCGACAAAGAAUAUAAUGUAUUCAUGACCGCAGAAAAUGGCCAGAAUCCCCUAGAUAUCCGUCUGGGUUUUGAUCUCUGUCCGGAGGAGCAGGAUUUCAUCUGCAAGCGUAAGAAAUAUGUUGCUGCUGCUUUGAAAAAUGUUCUUCGCCUAGAAGAAGACCUGCAGGAUGAUGAGAUUCCAAUAGUGGCUGUGACAACUACAGCAGGUGGAAUAAGAUCAGUGAUUGGCAUGUAUGGUAGUCUCUUAGCUCUCAAGAAGCUGAAUCUCUUAGAUUGUGUUUCGUACAUCACUAGUUUAUCUGGCACCACAUGGACUAUGACACAUUUAUAUGAAGAUGCAAAUUGGUCACAGAAGGAUAUGGAAGGACACAUCAGUUAUGCUCGUAAACAUGCUAUGAAAAAUAAGCUGACCUGUUUUUCUGGGGAGCGCUUAAAAUACUAUGAAAAGGAAAUAAAACAGAGGCAUCUUGAGGGCCACAAGGUCUCUUUUGCAGAUUUCUGGGGUCUCCUUGUUGAAUCCAUGUUUCAUGAUGAGCCAGAUCCCCACAAGCUCUCAGAUCAACGGCAGGCAGUGAAUCUGGGUCAGAACCCUCUCCCCAUCUACCUUGCUCUUAACCUCAGAGAAAGAUACAGCACUCUAGAUUUUAAAGAGUGGGUGGAAUUCACACCCUACGAAGUUGGCUUCUUGAAAUAUGGAGGUUUCAUUAAUGCAGAAGAUUUCGGAAGUGAGUUCUUUAUGGGUCGCUUGAUGAAGAAGAUCCCAGAAUCUCGGCUCUGUUUCAUGCAAGGCAUGUGGAGCAACAUCUUUUCCCUGAAUGUGCUGGAUGCCUUAUAUUUCGCAGACUGUUCAGAGGACUUCUGGCACAGAUGGACAAGAGACAGAGUGGUUGAUAUUGAUGAUCUUCCACCAACCAGGCCUAAGAGGCCACAUGCGCUGCCAACUAAGCUCUUCAUUCCUAGCGGUUCCCUCACGGACACGCUUAGAGAUAUUAUAACGCUGCGUCCAGUGCUUUCUCAUUUUCACAAUUUCAUGAAAGGCCUCCAGCUCAAUAACAAGUACUUGCAGAAUGACAGGUUUUGUAUCUGGAAAGACACUGUACUGGACUCUACCCCCAAUGAACUGAGUGAUUCAGGGGAAUACUUGGAACUUACAGACACUGCUUUCUUCAUCAAUACCAGCUGCCCUCCCCUUCUGAGGCCAGAAAGAAAAGUGGACAUUAUUUUGCAUUUAAAUUACAGUGGAGGAUCACAGACAUUGCCACUGGACUUAAUCACGAAGUAUUAUGCAGAUCAGGGCAUCCCAUUCCCCAAGGUUGUGCUGACUGAGGAAGACAGGAAGCAUCUGAAGGAAUGCUACCUCUUUGAUGAAGGGGAGAGUCCAAAAGCUCCCAUCUUGUUGUACUUUCCCCUUGUAUGUGACACCUUCCAAAAGUACAAAGCACCAGGUGUGAAGCGGAGUCCUAGUGAGAUGGAAGAAGGCCAAGUUGAUAUUAGCAGUCUUCCAUAUGCUAAUAGCAUGGUGCAAUACUCAGAGAAAAAUUUCAACAAGCUGCUGAAUUUGACCAGCUACAAUAUUCUCAACAAUGAACAUUUGAUUCUUCAGGCUUUGCGUACAGCAAUAGUACGAAAGAAGUGGCAGAAGAAACGCUCUCUAUACUCCUUUUAACCCUCAAAAUGUACUUUCCCUGUUUUCAUACUCAGGAAACUAUCAGGGUCAGUAUUUCAUGCAUGAGAAGUAAUUAGUAUACCUUGCUAUUUAUAUACCCCAAAUGAGCAAAAGUGCCUUCAAAUAUUCACUUUCACACAGCACAGCAGGGGGCAGAUCAGUUGCCAGCUCAGAGACAUAGUGCCCAACACCAAGUGGGGUUGGAACAUGUUCUUUGGGUCCAGUCCAGCACUACAAAGGCACUGCAGGGCUGAAUUAUAUUGACUCAGCAGCUGAAGUUGUUUAGUGGCAAAAGCUUCAGAGCUUAGCUUAGAAAAGUAUACUCAUCACUUGAAGAUGAACCUUUCAGGUGAUGACAGGCGUAUAUGAUGUGACCAUCACUGAACAUACACCACAGAACAGAGCUUUCUCGGGACCUUGAUUUAUCCAAAUGCCUUUCAAUGGAGAAAAUUCAAUUUCACCAGUUUAUCUGUGAUUCAUUGACUGAGAUUGGUGUGUCCUUGAGCAAUGUAUAUACACACUGAAUGUUUAAUGACCUCCAGAGGAGUGAUUUUGGCUCUCAGUAAUCUAAACUGUCAUGGACUGAUGAGCCUGCAUGUGUGAUUCUGCCUUCCCUGUGGGCUACAUAGCUUGUGACAAAGAACUUCAGAACAAGCAAGGCUUGUGGUAGUCUAGGUGUCAUGGCUAAGACUGCUAUUCAUACACUCUCAAAAGGAACAUGUAUUUUGAAUAGCUUUAUACUUCAGAGAAGCCUGGCAGAUGUGGGCAAAGCUGUCAUUGCAGCAACAAUGCACCCAGUUAAUACCAUGCAGCUGCAAGGAGGGGAUUCACUUUUUUCCUUUUUAUAGAUACACUUUCUUUUGUUGGUUCUUCUGUAAUAUACAAUGAAGCAAAUUUUUAAAACCAACCGACCUUCCUGACCAAAGGAAUAGUUCAGAUUUCACCAAUCUAGUACCUUGUGUGUUCAGCUCCCAUCAGCCCCUUAGCAAUGAGGUCAAUAGUCAGGAAUUCUGCGAGUUGGGGCUUAAAAUAUCUGUUGCACAUCAGGCUGCCAAAGGCUGGAAAGGAUGCUGGUCUGCAAAUCUAGGACCAGUGGCAUUAUAUAGGGGUGAGGUGUGAUUCAACAACUUUCCAGCAAGUACUUCUCAAUCUGAAACUGAGGCAAUGUGUCUUAUAUGCAGGAUUACUUUGUUAAUUUGUUAUCUGAUUGUUUUGCACUGACUUUGUAAAAUUGCUGUCAUACAUGUUUUCCUUCUAGUGGCUGUGAUACAAUAAAUAACUUUUUUUAGACUCUUA